CCGCAACCUACCUUGACCUUUUGACGGACAUGUAUACAAAGUGAUUUGCGGGUUGGAAAAUAAAAUGUUGACAAUUUUAAAACCGUUUUCGCGGCUGUUGCCUCGAGUGACAAGUGUAGGUUCAAGUCGAUCUUUUUUCAUCUAUUCUCCAGACGCUCUUAGUCCUCAACCUGACCGCGAACCAGCAUGGAAGAAGGCAGAGGAAGCUGUGCAAGCAAUCAAGUCGGGUCAGAAAGUUUUUGUGCAGGGAUGUGCUGCUACGCCAAACUAUCUCUUGUCUGUUUUGGCUGAUUACGGCAAGAAAGAACAAUUAAGAGAUGUUGAGUUAAUUCAUAUACCUACUGUUGGGCCUGCCACAUACACGGAACCAGAAUAUGAAGGUAUUUUUCGAUCCAAGUCUCUCUUCAUUGGGGCAAACUGUAGAAAGGCGAUUGCCGAAGGCAGAGCUGAUGCAGUAUCUAUAUUCCUGAGUGAAAUUCCACUGCUCUUUCGAAGAAAAAUAUACAAAUUGGAUGUUGCGUUGAUUCAUGUAAGUCCACCAGAUCAGCACGGGUUUUGUUCGCUAGGAGUGAGUGUAGAUUGUACUAGAGCCGCCGUGCAAGCCGCUGAUUACAUCAUAGCUCAAGUUAAUGAACACAUGCCUAGAACACUUGGGGACGGCCUUAUACACAUGUCUCAUAUAGACUGUAUGGUGGAACACAACACGGCCUUGCCGGAAAUCAUGCCUAUUAUCAGAACACCAGAAAUUAACGAAAUUGCAAGACUGAUUGCCGACAAUCUUGUGGAAGAUGGUGCCACCCUUCAGACAGGUAUUGGUAACUUACCUGAUGCGGUCUUGCAUAAAUUAUACAACCACAAGGAUCUUGGUUUUCACUCAGAAAUGAUGAGUGACACAGUGGUGAACCUGGUAGAGAAAGGAGCUCUGACGAACGCCAAGAAAACCAUACAGACUGGCAAGAUUGUGAGCAGUUUUAGUAUGGGAACUAAAAAGUUGUAUAACUUCUUGGACGAUAACUCAUUUGUUGCGAUGCACGAGUGUGACUUCACCAACAAUAUUUCACUAAUCUGUCAGAACCCACGCGUCACAAGUAUCAACACAUGCCUUGAAGUUGAUCUCACGGGUCAGGUGUGCUCCGAUUCUAUUGGUACAUACAUGUACUCUGGAUUUGGAGGCCAGAUAGAUUUUGUGAGGGGGGCAGCUUUAAGUUUGGAUGGAGAGGGUAAACCUAUUAUAGCAUGUACAUCAACAACAGAUGACGGAAUAUCAAGGGUUGUUCCCGUUCUGAAAGAAGGUGCUGGCGUAGUUACAACCAGGGCUCAUGUACAUUAUAUAGUUACAGAAUACGGCAUUGCUUACUUGUUUGGUAAAAAUCUACGACAAAGAGCUUACGAAAUGAUCAAGGUCGCCCAUCCUUCGGAGAGGGAGAUGCUUGAAAAAGCUGCAUUCGAACGUUUUAAAUGUAUGCCGUCCCCUUGAACACUGCUUCAUAUGUUUCAAUUACACGCUGUUAGAAGAUUUAUUCUGUGAACUAAGCUAUAGUUUGAACAGUAAAAUUAAAAAUAAAUGACACGAGAAUUUCACAUGCAAAUGGUAGCAAUAUUUUUAUUUUUUUAUGAACUAAAAGUUUAAUGCAUUAUGCUCAGUUUGUGUGUUAGAUUGUCCAUGUUUUCUUUAAUUCUGCUCACUAAUAUCACAGAUUGGAUGAAAAAGUUCAUAUAUGAACAAUUCAACCGAAUUUGUCAUUAAACUGGCAAAUCGCUUUAAAAAUUGAUUUUUUUUGUAGAUACAAAUUGUGUUGUUUUCUAACUAGUAAAUAGGAAAACAAUUUGUGUUGUUUUCUAACUAGUAAAUAUAAAAAAAGAAGCAAGUUUUAUUAUUAAGUGGUUUUCUUAGCGUCUACAAACAGUAUGCUCUUAUUUGCCAUAAUCCUGGCACUAAAUUUGUUGACAUAUCUUCCAGAACAUUUUUAAAAGUUUAACUAGUAAUACCAACUUUGUUUAAACUUUAAGAUAAGUAAAAAGAAAUACAUGUUUAUGUUUAAGUGAAAAGAAAAUUACACAUCCAUGUUUGUUUAAACUUUAUAUAGAUACCUUUCAUAAUGAAAUUUCAUAUGUAUUAUAAAUGAAUAAAUUUAAUUCCAAAAGUGAAAGAAAAAGAACACUACGAUUUUGAAUGAGGCUUUAUAAUGGCUUUGAUUUAAGUUAUUUUCAGGGAUAUAGAACUGUUAAAUUGACGUAUGUAUGAAAUAGGCAUGUAAUUGGUGCAUACUUAAUUGCUACUAUAUAAAGCAAUGUAAUUAUAUGAAUGUGUGAACAUAGAUUACUAUGUGUAAGAAUGUUUUCUGUCCCAGCUGAGAUUUUGUAAAUACAUAUAAGUAGAGAUAAUAGCUGUGUGUAUCUGAAAUGUUUGUUUAUUAGCAAUUUUUUUUUUGGUGGCUUUUAUAAAUAACAAAGGCUUUUGCCCCAGCUGACGAUUUAUGCAUUGAUGAUGAUAUUUUGAUAUUAAAUUAUAUGUGCACACACUUGAUCACUAAAGUGUUAGCACUGUUUACAUGGUUUAGUCUUUGUUAGUUGAUUAUAGCAAGGUUAUUCUAUAGAAUUGUUGUUUUACUUCUGUUAAUUGUGAGGAAUUUUUGCACAAAAAUCUCUCGACCAAAAUAUAUGUUACUUUUAUAUAAUUUUAAUAAAAGAAAGGUCUACCAUUAGUUAUAAUAUAUUAUUACAUGUUAAAGCCUAUAUUUUUACAAUUAAGGUAUUGGAUUGUGUAUGCAAACAAUUGAAAUAUUGGAUUGGGUAUGCAAACAGUUAGAUUUUGGAUUGUAUAUGCAAACUGUUGAAAUAUUGGAUUGUAUAUGCAAACAGUUAGAUAUUGGAUUGCAUAUGCAAACAGUUGAAAUAUUUGAUUGUAUAUGCAAACAGUUAAAAUAUUGGAUUGCAUAUGCAAACAGUUUGAAUAUUGGAUUGCAUUUGCAAACACUAAUAAUGUUGGAUUGUGAAUACAAAUCAACAUUUUUAAAGAAUUGCCUAAAUUUAGAUGAUUAUUAUUAGAGAUGUAAUUAGUGCUUUUUAUACACCAUGACUUUGGACCCUUUACUUGUUGAUAUAUAUCUUUUGUUAUGUCAUUUUUUUGGUCUUUAUAAGAUUGAAUGAAUGAAAUAUUUUGAGAAUUUAGCUGGAUUUUAGAGAUUUGUAUCAUUUAGUAUUCUAUACAAAGUUUAACUAAUAAACUUAAAAUAAAAACUA